AUGGAUGAGGAACCUUCCCUGAACAUUCCCUCGCUCCUCACCCUCGCGGUUGUGUCUUACUUUGUUAUCCGCUGGUUUAUGAACCGGGAUGGGUCGGCUGGCACAGGUGGCGGUCGGAGUCGUGCCCGUGGCGUCGUUGAUCCAGCCCAAGUCGAACAAAUAUCCCAGAUGUUCCCUCAGUUGAGCACGCGCGAUAUCAUGUGGGAUUUGCAACGCAACGGAGGCAACGUUGCGGCAACAACGGAGAGAAUCUUGACUGGACGGGGGUUGGAAACGCCACCGCCCUCAUUCCAGCCCCAAGUCGCCAUCCCAAGACCGACUGCGCAGCCGUCCGCGGCUUCGACGGCGACGGCGAAGGUAGAAGGCCAGGAUUUGAUCUCGCGAUACAACCUUCAGGAGAAGGCCAAUGGCGAGGAUACAGUGAGCGCGCAAACGGGAUCUAGUGGAUGGUCGCAAAACAAGGAAGAGCGACAGCGUCUAUUACAGAAGCGGAGGGAUGACAUGAUCCUGGCCGCGCGGAAGAAGAUGAUGCAGAAGCAGCAGGGCACCGCUCAGUAA